GAACUUUCCAACAUUUCCAAUUUUAAAUGCGACAUCGGGAGUAGGAGAAGAGAAUCGUAUUAUUUGACGCGGGUUUUGGUGGACAUCCUUCUAUCACAUUAAAAGAGAAACUGCCCAUUUGACUGACAGCGCAUCUGACGUCCUUCUUCACUUCCAACAUAGGCUGCUUAUCCGAGUACCUCUAGUUUUGGCAGCAGAGCACCAGCCAGUAACACGUUGCUGCAAUGAACGAGCAACAACAAGCAGCAUAUUAUGACGAUCUGAAGACGCGUGGGAGCGGUGCAGCCUAUGCAAAGCAGGGUUUGGGCUUUUCUGGUGGAGGGAGAGGCAUCCCGGCGGGUCGUGGCAUGCCAGCAGCACAACACAUGCCCGGUAGCCUGACUGGCGCAAAUGGGCCAGGACCUCCUGGUGCUGUGCAUCCGCGGCCCCCUCCGCAUCAGAUGCCCGGCCCGCAUUUCAUGCCUGGGCCCCCACAGAGACCACCGCAUGGGGGCCAUCCGCCACCUGGCAGACCCCCACCACAACAAGGAGGCCCGCCGCAGAGCCUCCCACAGUUUGGCAGGCCUCAAGGCGGGCCCAUGGGCAUGCCGCCGCCUCCUUAUGGCAUACCGCCCCCUUUCAGCAGGCCCCCCAGUGGCAUGCCACCCCCAGGAAUGCGCCCACCAGGGGUCCUCACCCCCAGUUUCCACCGUUCCCAAUGGGGGGGCCGCCCUCAGCUCCUGGGCAGGGCCCAUUGGCGCCACCUGGCCGCCCGCCACCAGCCUGGCACAUGCACCCGGGUGGGCGCCUGCAGCCAGUUCUUUCACCAGUCAGCAGCAGCAGCAGCACCCUGCUGCAACACCUCUCAGCCAGUCCUACAGCGCAGCCGCUCCAAGCUCUGGCCAAGAGUCCGAUGCAGAGGCGCUGCGGCAGAAGGAAGCCAGCGGAUGGAUUGCUCACAAGGCUGAGGAUGGCCAGGUGUAUUACUACAACACCCUGACCAAUGAGUCCACCUGGGAGAAGCCGGUGGGCUACAAAGGGGACUCCAGCAAGGCAUCUGCCCAGCCCAAGCCCCUAGCAACCCAGAUCAUCAAGGGCACCACUUGGUCAGAGGUGGUGUGCGAGGAUGGCAAGAAGUACUUUUACAACACCUCCACUCUGGUGUCUGGGCCGGCCUCCUCGAUCUCUACAGCAGCUGCCGCCCACCUCGCCCGCGCUCAAGCCAACCUUGGCGUGGACGAGGACAUGACGUUCACAGAGGACGACAUUGCGCCAUCGGCGGAUGCGGCUGCGCAGCCGCCACCGCCCGAGGAGGCGCCGCCGCCGCUGCCGAAGAAGAAGAGCGCGGCAGAAGCUGCGCAGGACUUCCGGGAGCUGCUGGCGGAAAAGGGUGUGACGCCAUUCUCGCGGUGGGAGCGGGAAAUGCCCAAGCUGAUCACUGACGGCCGCUGGAGCGUGGUAGGAUCGCUGAAAGAGCGCCGCCUCAUCUUCGACGACUUUUGCAAGUCGUCCGCGGCCGAUCACAUGCGCCAAAAGAGCGGCAAGGCCGACGGCGCCCGCGCCGCGCGCGACGGCUUCCACGCCCUCCUAGACGAGGCCUCUGUCCAGGGCAAGGGUGAUGAGGAAGGGGAGACGGUCCCGGGCAUUGGCGCUGACACAACUUUAGAAGAGCUGGCUUUACAGUGGGGCAACGAUCCCCGAUGGAAGGCAUGCGAUGGGAAGCUGCGGGCGGAGCUGGUAGAAGCCAGGGUGGCUCCCCUGAGGGCCCAGGCGACACAGAAGGUGCAGGUGUCAAAACAGGCGCACGAGACAGCCUACAGGCAAGCGCCACGUCUCUUUGCCUUGGAGCUUCUGCGGCAGCACAAGGUGGGCCCGGACGCACGCUGGUCCAAGACAAAGGAGGCGCUGGCAGCGGAUGACCGGUACAAGGCGCUGCCCAGGGACGACAGAGAGCGCCUCUUUCGCGCCUACGUGGCCGAGCAGGAGGCGCGGGAGAGGGCAGAGCGGAAGGAGCGGGCGGCGAGGGAGGAGAAGGAGAGGGAGGCGCGCGCAAAGCUGGCACGCGAUGCCGAGGAGAGCGACCGCCGGAGGCGCAAGGCCGGCGCGGCCGACGCGGCCGCCAACUUCCAGACGCUGCUCAGCGAAUCCGUCAAGGACCCCGACGCCCCCUGGCACGACUGGAAGCUGCGCCUCGCGCGCGACCCCCAGGCGCGUGGGUUGAAAUUGGUGCAGGGGCGGUUCAGCAACCCCAAUCUAGACCCCAAGGUGGCGGAGGGCCUGUUCCGGGAGCAUCUUGUGCAGCUGCAGAAGCGCGCAGUGGACGGCUACAUUGAGCUGCUGGAAGAGGUGAUAAAGCCGAUGCUGCCCAAGAGCAAGGCGAAGGACGAGCCGAGGGCGCUGCGCAGCUUCUCGGAGGCAGAGAGGCUGAUGGGGGAGGACCCGCGCUUCCUGCGUGCCCCUGCCAGAGACAGGGAGAAGCUGUGGCGGCGAUUCGUGGAGGACAUCAUUUUGGAGCGGGACGAUCCGGCAGCGGCCGCGCGACGCGGGCGGCUGACGAGCUCGAGCCGCAGCGCCCGGGGGCCGCACCUUAACGACGCGUCUGGCACCGUCACUGACAAGGCCUACGAGCGCGAGUACCUUGCCCACGAUCGCAAACGCAUCAGGAGGGAUUGA